AUGGCCGACAUUCCUCUGACAAUGGCUACUACUAGUACUGAAAGCUCUACUGGAAGCUCUCAAACUGUGGCUACACCUGUCUCUGAUUCUUUUACUGCUAUUCCUCGCGUUCCUCACACUCAUACAUCUUCAGCUAUCAUUCAAAUGCUAAAAAACUUGCUGUUGAUCUCCAUACUCCAGAUGAAUAAAGAAAUUGAGGAAGAGAAUGCUGAAAGAUCUCGGAAAUCUUUCAAUCACGCGUCUGACCCUACUGUUCACAAGGAACCUGGUUCUGAACAGGCUUCUCUUAUCUCUCUUGACGAAGUAGACCUUAACCGCUUCCAUGUCCCUUCCUUCGUGGCUUCCUUUCCCGGUCUCAUCUACUCCAAACUAGCCAAAUGGAUUGCGGAUGAAGAUAUCAAAUCAAAGCUGAAACGGAAACCUGCUGACAAACAGAGACUUUCGGCAGAAGACACUAGGAUUGCAAAGUGA